AUGGCGGCGUGGAGAGCGGCUCUGGCGGCGGCCGCCCGCGCUCCGCUGAGGGGGCGGCUCGCCGGGAUGCGGCCCCCACGGAACCCGCGGCGCCCGCCCGGCUGGAGGGUCGGUGCCGCCGCCGCCCUGGUCGGGGGAGGCUCCCUGGCGGCCUGUUACGGCGGGCGGCUGGGCGUGUUCCCGACGGUCCUGGCUCAGAAGGAAGAUGUCAUUUAUGUGGAAAAUGAUGAGAAUCUUGCCCUUCGGAAGGAUCGUUUCAUGCAUUUUGCAACACUGGAAUAUGAAGGAGAGUAUUACAUGACACCAAGAGACUUCUUGUUCUCAGUUGUGUUUGAUCAAGUUGAACGUAAAGCCUCAGCCAAGAAACUGACAAAAAAGGACGUAGAUGCUGCACUGCUGUGUGUAUCCAAAGUUAAACCAGGACCAACCUUUUUUAGACAGCUUGGUGAUAAAGGGUUGAUAUCUUAUGCAGAGUACCUAUUUUUGCUGACAAUCCUUACAAAACCCCAGACUGGAUUGCAGAUUGCCUUUAAAAUGUUGGAUGUAGAUGGCAAUGAACAACUUGAAAAGAAAGAAUUUGUGAAGCUACAGAAAAUCAUUGGGAAGGAAGAUGAUUUGAAAACAGAUGGAGAAGAAACAGUAUUUCAGGAAGCAGAAUCAGAAAGCUGUAGUGCUGAUACCACAUUGCUGGUACAUUUCUUCGGAAAACAAGGAAAGGAAAAACUUCGCUAUUCUGAGUUUUUCAGAUUCAUGGAAAAUCUGCAAACAGAAGUCCAAGAAAUGGAAUUCAUUAAGUUUUCAAAGGGUUUGAACGUCAUGAGAAAAGAAGACUUUGCAGAAUGGUUGCUUUACUUCACCAAUGAGGAAAACAAUGAAAUUUACUGGCAGAACGUGAAAGACAGAAUUGAGGCAGGAGAGAAUAUCAGUUUAGAAGAAUUCAAGGCGUUUUGCAAAUUUACAAAUAACCUGGAAGACUUUUCUAUUGUCAUGAAGAUGUUUACUCUAGCCAAUCGUCCCAUUAAACGGGCGGAGUUCAAGAGAGCAGUGAAGGUGGCAACAGGACAGGACCUCUCAGAUAAUGUUUUGGAUACCAUCUUCAAGAUUUUUGAUCUAGAUGGAGAUGACUGCCUGAGCCACAGCGAGUUUAUUGGAGUUCUGAAGAACCGAAUGCAUCGAGGUUUGAGGGUACCACAACAGCAAGGCAUUCAGGGCUACUGGAAGUGUGUGAAAAGAGAAAGCAUUAAAGGAGCCAAAGAAGUGUGGAAGCAAAGUGGGAAAAGUCCUUUUUAAAGCAGUUUAUUGUUCUUUUGCCAUAAAUGUUGUUAUCUGGGGGGGAUGUCUGUCCUGUUUACGUAACUGCUGAAUCAAAAAUACUUUUUUCUUACUAUAGUUAAACUUUAAUUAACCCAGUUUCUAAUGCAAUACUUUUCUAUCAUUCUAGUGCAAUCAGGUUGGCUGUUAGCACUAUUAACAUUAUUAUAUGGAAAUACUCUUGUUCUAAGGAUGUGUUCUUUACUCCCUUGUGGAGUCUGACCCUGCACUGUAGCACACAGGAUAGGCAGGAUUUAAUAUCAGCCACUGGCAGGAACAUCAUAUCAAUAUCAUCCCCUGUUGGAAGAGGGGACAUCAUCUCAGCCACUAACACAGCAGCUCUCUCCACCCUGGCAAGGGUCGAGGUCCAAAAGGCAAAACCACUUGCACAAUCCAUACAAAUCAAAUUAUCCUGAAUCACAAACUCAAAUUCACAUGGUUUGUGCCCUCAUACUGUGAACUGUUUGUGUGCUAGGUCCUGGUGGAUGAUUCUACCACAUCCUGUAUGGAUGUCUGGUUUGUCUACCUUCAUGAUGAUAAUACUAAACUGGAAAUACAAGACUGUUGAUUCAGGUUUUAAAAGUUGUACACUGAUCAGUGAAUGUGUGUUGAGCUUCUCUGACCUCUUCAACAAAUAGUAUAAAUGAGAAGCAAAAAUCCUCCUGUCAUAAAGGGCAGUAUCUACAAUUUCAGUUAUAACUAUGUUGCUUUAAUUGUAUUGCAGAAGGUGAAUGUGUAACAAAUUGUUGCUUUACCUUGGAAGAGGUGGUGACAGGGAGUGAUGCAGUAUCUCAAGAAUUCAAGGUUGUAAUAAGCAAGUGUUGGGGGAAAAAUAAGUCAAAGGAAAAACUACACAAAAAUGUUUAUUAUUCCAAAAUGCAAUUUUAUUUGUAUGAUUUUAAACAGUAUGACAUGAAAAUCAGUUAACAUUAACAAUUAUGGAUGAACUUUUUUUGGCUAUAACAGUGUGCAUCUAUGUAUACAUAGGUGUGCAUAUUACAUGUUUUUUUCUUUCUUACAGCCUUAAGAGCUGAUGGUCCCAGGUCCAGAUCAGUCUUCGUGGCUGUCCACUAUAUGUAGGAGAUAGAUUUAUGUGUAAAGCUUUCAAGGGUUUUCAAAAGACUUCCCUUCCCAGUUAUCUGACUUGCUUGACUGGGAUGAAAGCUUAACCUUUCAAGACAGGUAUGUGGUAACAGACUAAAAAGAUGGAUUAGGGAAAUGUCUCAAGAAAAACAACCAAGAAAUUUCACCACUUUAUGAGGAAGUAUCAAUCCUUUUAAGGAUGACACUAGCACUGCUAUUCUCAAAGUUGCAUAUAAGCUCAACAGGAGGUGUUUUGUUGUAAUUCCUGUGGUGUUUGAUGAGAGGAGUGUUCCAUGAUACACAGAUACCAGAGCAGCCCUCUCUCAGACGAGGGACAGGAGAUACUGCAUUAGGAAACCAUGAAAAUGCCACCUAAGGAGCACUGAGAUUACAGAGAACGUAUUUGGUUGUCAGUAGGUGUCAGACAAGCUUGUGCUGAUGAAGAGUCCCCCAGCACCAGCCUUGGCACAGUGGUCUCAUGUGGAGAAGUAGAGUGAGGAGCUAGCAAAGCAGCAGUGUGCUGCUCUCUCCACAGCCUUCACUUGGAGCACUAUUUAAAUUGUAUGACAGAGAAAAUGCUCUUAUUCUUGUCAUCUGUGGACGUGCACCCAGAGUCACCCACCAGAACAAGAGCAUGCUGUGCAGGCAUCCUGAGACCUGCCUAUAUCCAGCACCAGUGACCACCAAGGAUCCCUUCACUUCCCCAGGAAACCAUCAGGAUGAAAUUAAAAAAAGCAAAUAAAAAUAAAAAUUCAGUAAACACUUCAGCCUUCCCCCCCUUAAACUGAGCAUGCAGAGGGAAUUAAAUAGCUGGUUUACUUUGUAAGCUGCUUGCUGCUUCUGGUGAUGGGAGCUAUGAGGAAGGGACAGCGAACAGGGGCUGUGGGAUUGGCAUCAGUGUGCCACAGCCAGAGAGUAAAGGACACAGUCAAGCAAGGCAUGGCUGUACCCCAGCCAUCUUCACAUGAAGUAUGCUUUGUUCCAGCUCUGCCUUUAAUGCAAGGCUGCCUUUUAUUUGUUGCUGUUUAUAUUUUGGCAAAUUGUUUUUACUUUGAAAUGGAGAUUCUUCUUUAACAUUUUAUUAUGUGUGAUGUUCAUAGAUUUUUUUUUUAUGUUCUUUAUUGGCUUUGUGUUUUCUUUUGUUUACCAAUGCCUUGCUUCCUUCCAGCUAUUUGUUUUUCUUUUGGAAAAAAUCAAUUCAUUUAGAUUUAGUGUAUCUAGGAGUUUAACUUCUCAUUGCUCCUUUGUAUCUGGGUUUGUGCAAUCAAUGGUAGCUUUCAGCAGCAAGUCACUGAAAAUGGAAUUUUAAGUUCUAUUUAGCAAAAGCUUUGGUGUCAAGUUCAGAGGAAAAAGAGAACAGAUAUGCUUAUUUUUAAAUGAAAUUUGUCUCUAGUAAAAACAAAGUAAUGUAAUUAUCGAUUCGGAGUUAAAAUACAGUAAUGAGACAUUUCAGAAGGUAUCUUGAAAGUACAGCCAGGGAAACUCCUUUGAAAACUAAUCCAUCAGGCUUGAAGAAUCACUCUCUGUUUUAAAUUUCUAGUCAAUUUUGUUUCUCUUAACUUGAAUUCUUUAUAAACAGCUUUAAAAUAAUUUCUCUUAUUCUUAUUUUUGUAGUCUUAGGCUGAAAGACUUGUUUAUGUGUUUAUACUCACCUUCUGUUAAGGAAUCUAUCAUAGUUUCACAUUAGAUGUUUUAGUUCCUUGUAAAAGCUGUAUGAUUUUUGCAACCUAUCAGUCAGCAUUACUCAACACAGUUUAGUUAGAAAUUUAUGCCAUCUGCCAGUCUAUCAGUUAAACUUACAAUUAUGAUUUUUUUACAUUAUUUUUCCUCUCAUCAUAAAUAUAUAGAAAAACUAAAUAAAAUUAUUUUU